CGCGGGGUGGCGGAAGUCUCGCUCUGCCAUGUUGAGCGCUUUGUUUCAGUGAGUGAGACGCGAUGAUGGAGCAGAGCUGGAGCGCUUUCUUAUUUCAGCAGGCUAAUGAAGCCCUUCACCACCAGCAUCAGGUGGCCCCAAACAGCCUGCUGCCUCUGCUAAACUCUGAGCCGCUGGACCAGAAGCCUGUGAUGCCCAUUCCACUGGACCACAAGCCCCCCGUCAGCGCCGCUGAACUCCUCAAGGACAACGUAGCCAGUGGGGCAGGGGGAGGAGGUGGUGGAAAUGGUGGUGGAGGCGGUCCGAUGCCAGUCAUCAAGAAAGAGCACAAGAGCAAAACGCCGUUCAUCUGCGGCUACUGCAACAAGGCCUUUCGUGACAGCUACCACCUCCGCCGCCACGAGUCCUGCCACACCGGCAUCAAAAUGGUGUCCAGACCCAAAAAGACAGCACAAGCUGUGCCCACCAUGGUCUCACUCAUCUCCUCCAUGCCCCGGGAGAACACAGCCGACUCCUCUUACAUCUCCACCAUCGCUGGUAUCUUCUCCACUGCAACUACUUCUACAUCCUCAGCUUCCACUAUCAUGUCCCCGACUUCCAUGACCAACGUGACCCAACAUAGUGCCCCCAAAAAGCCCCCUAAGCCCGUAAAGAAGAACCACGGCUGUGAAAUGUGUGGGAAAGCGUUCCGGGACGUUUACCAUCUAAAUCGUCACAAGUUGUCACACUCGGACGAAAAGCCAUUUGAGUGUCACAUAUGCCAGCAGCGAUUCAAGAGAAAAGAUCGCAUGACCUAUCAUGUGCGCUCGCAUGACGGAGGUGUACACAAACCCUACAUCUGUUCCGUGUGUGGAAAGGGUUUCUCAAGGCCAGACCAUCUCAGCUGCCAUGUGAAACACGUUCAUUCCUCAGAGAGACCUUUCAAAUGCCAAGUAACGGCCUGUACAUCAGCCUUUGCCACCAAAGACAGACUCCGGUCACACAUGAUUCGGCACGAAGGGAAGGUCACCUGCAAUGUGUGUGGAAAGAUGCUGAGUGCCGCCUACAUCACCAGCCACUUAAAAACACACGGCCAAACCAACUUCAACAAUGCCUGUAACAAAGGAGACUGGCAGUGGAACUACUCAGGGCAACGAAAAGACAACACUGACAUCUGCAACUCUGCCUCUACUGCAUCGGUCACAGCCUCCGCCCCAAUUACCUCGGCAAUAAACCGCGGCAACACCAACAACCCAAUUACCAUAGCUGCCCAGAUGAACAUCUCCACCAACACUGUCAACAUCACAUCUCCUGUCAACCUGCAACACCCCGUCACCAUAACCGGCCCCGUGAACAUCACCUCCGUCAACAUCCCAGCAACGGCGCCCAUGAAUAUAGCCCACCCUGUGGCCAUCACCACACCCAUGUCCAUGAACAUCGGCACGCCACUCAACAUCGCCAUGAGAUCCAUGGACAGCAUGAGCUUCCUGUCCCAAGUCCUACCAUCUUCUCCUCACUGGUAGAGACAUGAGAUGGGUCGUUAACAGACUUACCUGACCAGCCUUCUGCCCUCAGUGCCAUCUGAGUUCCAACCCGACCCCCAACACAUGUGUUGGAUUAAAGGGAUAGUUACUCCAAAAAUGAAAAUUCUGUCAUUAACUCAAUCCUAUAUGUUGUUACAAACCUGUAUGACUUCGUUUCCUCCAUGGAACACAGAAUGAGAUAUUAGGCAGAAUGUUAGCCUUUCCAGAGUGUAUGAUGACAGAAUGUUCAUUUUUGCAUGAACUAUUUGUUUAACAACCCCAACACAUGGCUGCAUCACAACACUAGUGGAAGUUUUGCUCUGGCUGAUUUACCUCUCUGUUGGAGUUUUGACCAUGUUUUUAACUUAGCAUUUUGUGCGCAAGUUGAACAGCUGUGUAGCGGGACGUUUGUAAGCUCCUCUGAGCACUUUGACCCUAGCAAUGGAUUUUUUACAGGACAAAUGCAAUAACUGACAUGCAUUUUGAACACUUUUUUUAUAAGCAGAGUGCUGGUGGGUUCUUCUAAGUUGUAGAGGUGUAAAUCAGUAUUUAAACAAAUUAGUUCGAAAGGGGCAAUUGCUUCCAUUGUGAAAGAUUUUUUUAUUUUAUUUUUUUCAUAUUUUUUGGUAAAUGGAUGAAUUAUUUAGUUUUUUCCCAUAGUGUGUUUCAGUGUGUGCACAUACAUAUGGGAUUUUUCAAGAGGUACAGUUGUGUAUUCUGGCUAUUAUUUUUACCAUCAGUUAUAUACUUAGUUUUUUCUUUUUCUUUAUAUGUAGGUGAAUCUCACAAAAACAUGUCUAGGUUUUUUACCCCAAAAUCAAAAGCAGAAAAGUAAGAAAUUAUGUUUUGCAUAUUCAAAAUGAAGCCUUUAUUAGGGCCAUUAAGAUUUUUUAUUUUAUUAAGAAGUAUGGUUUAAACAAUUUUUCACUUUAAUACAAUAUAUAUAUAUAUUUUAUUUAUGUCUGCAUUAAAAAUUAUAUAUAUGUAAAAUUACUCUAAUAACUGCAAAGGGAAAAUUACAAAUAUAUAUGUAUAUAUAAAUAUUAUUUUGUCACAGUGUGUAUGUAUGUGUGUGUGUGUCAUAUAUAUAUUUAUUUGUAAUUUUCCCAUUUAUGAGUACAUUUUUUGGACCGCUAAAAUGCGCUUCAUUUUCUUUUAAGCAAUAUGUAAUUAAUUAAUUAAUUUAUUUUGAUUUUGGGUGGCCUGGAUAUUUUUUGUGACAGGUUUCAUGAGAAUGACCUUUGUAGUGUUUAGAAAGACUGUUUACAAAAAUUAUUGUUUUAUUUCUGUGAAUGGAGGGCAGCUUUGUUCUCUUAUUGUUUACGUGACCAUUGUUGGGUGUUGUAGGUGUACUUUUUCAUACAGAAUGGAGAAGAAAAGUCUUGCACUGAAUGCAUAUCCCUAGUCUAAAGAGGCAGUAUUAUCUCAUUUUUAAAAAAAAGUGACGUUAUGGCCCUGUCGCAGCAUGCAAGCUUGUGGUCUUGCCUCCAUCACUUAUGUGUGGGGUGUCCCGUAUAUAAAGUCAUGAUUCAGAAUAGUGGAAUACUUGUGGGGACUUCAUUGAACUACUAUCCGUCAGUCUAUGCGGCAUUACGUCAUCAAAGUGUGGACUUGGAUAAAAGUGACUGUUAAAAAACAGCUUAUUUAAAACAGCGCAAUCUAAUGGUUGGAGCCAUGCCUUUUAAAGUUUUCAUUUGGACAUUUGUUGCCUGAGUUUGUAGUUUAUAGUAUUAUAUAAAGUGUUUUUUUUGUUGUUGACAAAACUAUUGUUUUUAUAAAUGCUCUGCUCCGGUGUUGUGCAGAGAAUAGUUCAGUAAAUUGGUAUUAAUUUAGUUAAUGUUCUUUCUAAUGGCUUCAAUGGAACCCUAAAGUUAUUCAUGUUUGUUUGUAAAUAUAUUUUACCCCUUUUAUUUGUUUUAUUUUAUUUUUUAGUGAAAGCAGAAAGACAUCUCAAAUUUGCCAGAUCUUAACCAUCCUGCUCAUUUCAAUUGGUUCCAGUAAUUCAUAUCGAGCCUGCUCAAAGGGUGUUUUAUCUGGUAAUAUUGUCCUCUAGCUAAAGCCCAGAGGCUUCGUUCUACAUAAAGCAGGUCCUCAGUCAGAAAUAAUGUAUACAGGCAGAUUCUGGAAAGUUCUAUGCUAUAUUGAGUUUUGGCAGCAACUUCCUCUAUAUGCUUCCUGCAGUUGGAGCAACUGCCAGAGUGAAGAGACUGCUGAAGUGAAAACACUAAUUAUUUGACUUAAUUGAAUGCAAUUCUUGUGGGUAGUUUCCCCACCACAGUUUGUAAUGUGAGAGACGAUCCCUAAUGUCUGAAUAGAUGCCACCCACUCCAGCACUGAGACUCAGGAAGAUGCUUUUCCUGAUCAGACUGUGUGUCUGUCUGUCUGUCUGUCUGUCUGUCUGUCUGUCUGUCAUUCUCCCAUCACACUAGAACAAACAACAGCAUGUUUCCAUAGUUUAGUUUGGGAAAGAGUGAGAAUGUGUUUAUGCAUUUCUUUGGUAGAAGCAUUACGAUUGCCUCUUUGCCAAAUUUAAACCAAUAAUGAAAUCCAAUGAAGUAUACUUUUUUUUAUUAUUAUUGAUUCUAAUGUUAUUUUAAUUCAGUUGAUGAACUGAAUGAUUUUAGAGCCCCUGUGAAAGCGGUUGAAUGUAUAUGUUUGUACAGAACUGUUUAGCUUGGAGGAUCUUAGAAUACAGAUAGACAAGUGAGCGAAGAAAAGCCAAGUAACCUUUUAUAAAACUUUGUAUUAGUACAUUAACAAUGGUAAUUUUGUAUAUAUGAAGACUAGGCUUUCUAUGUAGCAGAAAGUAAAAACAUUCCUAAGUUUGUGAGAAAUAAUUAUGUAAACAUGCGUAAUGUUUUAUGUGCCUUUUAUUUGGGUUGU